GACCCACCUACUGGACGUUAUAUACACACACACAUGCACGCGCGCACGGGGAGAACGGGAUUAGUCGGAGGCACAGUGUAGCUGUAGCUGUGUUGUCCGGUGUUUAUGUGUUGCGGUGUUUGAUGCGUGAUAUAACGGGGGGAAACCGGAGCGGCGUCUCCAUGAGGAAACUCGGAUAAGAAGAGGAAGAGGUAACGGACUGAUCUGCGCCUGCAGUGUUUGUAUCGGAGUCAGCCAUGGGCUCGAGACUGAGCCGCCAGAGCAGCCUGGAUGGUGGCGGCGGAGGCUCGCGCAGGAGAGGAGGAGGAGGAGGAGGGCGGCGGAAACGCGCAGACAGUGGCGGCGAGCGCGAGCCCAGCGCCCCGUUCCCGGCCGCCGUGAUGCUGCUGAGGACAGACAGGCUGCGCGCGAGCGCUCAGAGCCCGUACGUGAGACGGGUGGCGUGGAUCCGCGACAUCCAACUAAUGCUGCGCGAGAGGAAGGUGGAGGAGGCCGCAAGCGUGCUGAGACAGCUGAGGAAGGAUCUAGGAUUAGAGGGGACGUCCCUGAAUGAUAUUUUAUACAAAAACGCAGCUUUCCUCAACCUGGUGGAUCCGAUUUCACACGAGCUGCUGCUGAGUCUCGCCCGAGACAUGCAGUGUCCCAAAAAGGACUCGGACAUGCUGAAGUCAUCAGAUAAAAUCUGCAGGCAGUUGAUCUAUCACCUGACUCCACACUCAAAGUGGCUGAGACAGAGCAUGAGCCGGAGGAAAGCCCAGGCCUGGCUGAAAACGACUCUUCAGAAGAAGCUCUGCAGCGACUCUGUGGAUCUUUCUGGAAUCCCCCUGUCCACACGGGACAUUCGACACGUGGCAUAUUACCUCCAGACCAGCGGGGGUGCUGUCAUAUCUGUGGAUUUGAGCUUUACUGAACUGAGGGAUGAAGGGCUGCGAAUCCUUUUGCCUGUUUUGUGCGUUUUGCCCAAACUCACCACGCUGGCACUGAAUGGAAACCGUCUGACCGUGUCCAUCAUGAAGGACCUGACCGAGGCCCUGAAAAACCCACAGAGUUUCACGUGUCUGGCCUGGAUCGAUCUCGGGAACAAUGUGGACAUUUUCACUAUGCCACAGCCCCUCCUGGUGGCGCUGCGGCGGCGCUGCAGCUUAAAGAGCAGUUUGCCCACCAUAUACGAGUACACGGAGGGGCAGCCAUACUGCUACCGCAUGGAGAGCUCCAUUGAGGAACCGAGCCUUUACGAGGAAGACGAGGAAGAGGAUGAAGAUGAAGAUGAGAUGGAAGACAAACUAGACAUGGAGCAGUGGAGCAUCGUAGAGCAGAAGAGCUCUGGAAGUUUCACCCUGAACUACUGUGAGAGGUGAAGCUAUCCUUUGACCUUUAGCGUUACCCGUCACCGAGGACGUAGGAAGUGAGCCGAAUUUGAGGAAGACGGAGGGAUGGAGGGACAGAUGCCGCCUCUCCUCACCACUUGUCGUCGCUCCAUGAGUUUCCCUGUUCCCCAUUGUGGCUUUCUUGUGAUCCAGCACCAUCACAUUCACACAGGAAGUCAAACGGCGGCAAGAUAAACGACACGGGGCACGCUCGAUUAGCGUUAACAAAAACCGGCCACACACUCACCGUUUUAGCCGCCGUUGCUCCUCAGCGCUGGGGAGGGGCGGUUCAUUGGUUCUUUGGUGGGACUUUUAGGACAUUCAGAGAUGUCGCUUUCUUCUCACACAAUAAGUAAAUAAAUAAAUAAAUAAACGCCAAUGAAAGAUCCAGAAAGAAUGGACCAGCUUAGCGUGAUUAGCUGAUUAGUGCCCUCAUGGUAUUUCUGAACAAGGAGCCCAAACGUUUAGCUAUGGUAGAGCACUGAUAUGUGUGUGUGUGUGUGUGUGGUCAGAUUUGGCACACAUUGCUGCUGCCACACAUUGCCAUUAACAUCACUAAACACCGAUGUGUUCUUUGCUAAUCUUCCAACAAAAGCCAUGAGAGCAGCUCAACAAACCGUGAGCGCUGACAAAACUGCUACGUCAAGACUUUUUUUUCCUAAAACGUUCAGUUGUAGACAUCCGGUCGUCACUUAGCAACACGCGUCUGUGAAUAAUGCUAAAACACAUAAUAUUGUAAUGUGUUCCUUUUUGUCAAGGCUUUGCUAGCAGAGUGAAACCCGCUAACUGUCUCUCUUCAUACCUGUGUUGAUUAUAAAUAUCACCUUUAUGCUAAUGUGCUACUUUUUCAGAUUAACAUAAUACAGCAAAUUAACCUAGAUAGCUUCAGGGCUACUUUUAGCAUCAGUCUAUAAGACAUUAAAGCUCAAUGCUAAUCACAGCUUACUACAUCAACAGCAACAUAACAUGCUAGCAGUUAGUCCCAUUAAACUCAGCUAACAAAUCCAGUCUGCCACUUCCUGUUUCUUCCUUCCUGAUAAUGCUUAAAUAAGGAGUAAUACUGGUAGCAAUCAGCAUUUCACUCACUUGGCUAAGACGAAGGGCUAGCAUGACUAGUGUAGCCAUUUCAACCCUUUAAAGAUGUUUUUUGCACAUUUUAGCCAUUUAUUAUAAAGACUAAUUUUAUUUAAUGUCAAAGUGAAACACUGGUAGUGUAUUAGUGUGUCUCUAAAGCUGAUAUUUUUUCUUCCGAUAUGUUCCUUCCAACACACACACACACACACACACACGUUUGGGAAUAAACAUGCUGUAAAUGAGGGUAAAACUCUACUAUUACUGUGAUGUAGUGCGUCUUUCCACUGUGUGUGUACACACGUGUGUAUUUGUGUGUUGGUGUAACGCUGUCUUAACUUUGUGUGUGUGUCUGUGUGUGUGUGAUUGUCGUAUUGUGUUAGUCCUCUGCGGUCGAGUCUCGUGUCCUUAUGUAGUUUGAGACUCGUUUUUUCUGUCACAGGGACAGCAGCAUUUAGAGGUGCAAAAAUAAUUCUGCUUACUCUGACUGAAAAAAAUAAACAUCCCCAAAACUCCUCACACAAGUAGUGGAUCUGUACUCCUGCACUGUACUCCUGCACUCUGAGGUAGACACAGACAUGGAGGUAAAUGAGAGGAUAAUUGGACGGUGAGGUAAAUCAGACACUGGGGACAUUUUAUUUUUGGCGCCAAACUUUGACAUGCUGAAAUAAGGAGGUUAUUAGCAUUAGCUUGUUUAGUGUCACAGCUGAGUGAAUUGUUCAGCUUGUUUUUUGAAGCUUUGUCUCUAAAUAUAUUAACACUUUAGUGGGAUCAUGGAAAGUAGUUGUGUAACCCCAGUUUUGACUUUCUUGCUACGCUAGUCUGCUAUAGUGUCAUUUUUUACACACACACACACACACAUAUAUAUAUAUAUAUAUAUAUAUAUAUAUAUAUAUAUAUAUAUAUAUAUAUAUAUAUAUAUAUAUAUAUAUAUAUAUAUAUAUAUAUAUAUAUACAUAUAAAACAUUGUUAGCGUGGAUACCUCACAAUAUUAGCACUCCCCUUCUGUUCAGUUUGGGAAUACGGUGCCUUAGUGAGGCUACUUUUUUUUCCCAAUGAGAAUAUCUGCUGUACUCUGUAGAUAACAUGAGGAGAAUCUAGUUAGCGGUCAAUGCUAUGUGUUAUUUAUCACCACAUCUGAGGUGAAUGUUGAUGUUUCACAUAAAACUGUCUUCUUUCCACAAUCACUGUUUCUUUAUAUUGUCCAUAUUUUAAGUACCUAAGGGCUAGGUCAGUCGUUAUCCUUGUUUUUAGCUAAAAAACAGUGUGUUAGAACUCAGACUUCAUGCUGCUUACCUGCCUAGCGAUAGUGACUUUUUGAAUUUUACUGUCUGAUCGUCACGUCACGUGUCCAGCUUCCUACACUGAGCACGCUAAUCUAAUCUACUACAAUAACUAACAUUUCCUUAUUAUUAAAAGUCAUGUCAGUGUUUGUAGACUGCUGUGUUGUUCCCAGGAUGAAAUGUUUAGCUAGCUGAUGUAACAUUACCACACAGUCAUCUUUUUUUUUAUAGCUAGUGCACACAAACGUAGCAUAUUUCAGUAAACGAUAUCGCAAUCAUAUGAGAUAUCAAUCAUCGGCCCGAGCCUAGCCCGAGCGCAGUGUUAUUGUCCACAGCGGAAUCAGUUGUGCGCUAACUAAAUCAAGUCGCUAACUGUGGGUUUGGUCAUUGUUGUCGUUCCUGUGUACGUUCGUAUAAUGUGUCUUCGUGUCUAACUGGUGCGUGUUGAAAAAUUGUGAAUUAAACAAUAAUUUAUACGACUGUUACACAACACUUGAGUAAUAAACCCAGUGAAUAUCGAA